AUGACCUGGAGUCUCAUCCAGAGAGCGAUCUUCCUUUUUCUCAUUGGACUUGGAUUUGGAGGAAAUUUCUUUCUGUUUGUGAAACAUGUGCACAUGGUUGCCAUGGGUCCUGAGGGAAAGCCUACAGACAUUAUUCUCAUCCACCUGGCUUUAAGUAACAUCGUGAUACUCUGUGCAAGCAUAAUGUCAGGCACAUCAUUAGCUUUUCUUCUCAGUAACUUCCUAGGCAAUAUUAUUUGUAAAACUGUGGUUUAUCUGAAUAGGGUGGCUCGAAGUCUCUCCAUCUGCACCACCUGCCUCCUCAGUGUUGUCCAGGCCUUGACCCUCAGUCCCAGGAACACCUUGUGGAGAAAGCUCAAACCACGCACUGCAUGGCAGGUUCUUCCCUACCUCCUCACCUUCUGGGUCUUUAGCUUUCUCAUAAGCUCUAACUUGCUCCACUACAUCACAGCAGUCAACAGCACGGAUGAGUCUCGAUUUAGAACAUACAUUGGAUUAUGCUACAUGCUGCCAGCUCCACAAAUCAUCAGAUGGCUCUUCCUCUGCCUCAUGACUCUCCGGGACCUCACCUUUCAGAGUCUGAUGGGCUGGAGCAGUGGGUACAUGGCUCUCUAUCUGUACAAACAUCAUAGGCGUGUCCUCUACCUCCAGAGCUCCAGGUUUGCCAAAUAUCCCAGCCCAGAGAUCAGAGCUACUUGGAGUAUUCUCAUUCUCAUGGCCUGUUUCCUGCUCUUUUAUUGGGCAGAUUUUAUUUUUUCCUUCUACUUAGGAUCCAUCUGCAUAGAGGCCUUCUCUUUUUCAAAUAUCCAAAUGUUCCUAGGACUGGGUUAUGCCAGUCUCAGCCCCUUUGUUCUGAUCAGCAGGGAUAGUAACCUGGUUAACUGCUGGUUUAUUCACUGA